CGGCAACCCGACGGAUCCCGACACGCAGCUUCAGACCAGUAAGGGCGGGCCGCGUCUCAUCACCAUCAACAGGACUGACCAGGGCUUCGGCUUCACCCUCCGUCACUUCAUCGUUUAUCCUCCUGAGCUGUCGGAGCUGCUGGGUGAACAUGGGGAAAGCUCCGGAGCCCCUGUCUUCCCUCGACCCCUUGGACACCAUCUUUGUGAAGCACGUACGGCCAGGCUCCUCUGCUCACCUGGCCGGCCUCAGAACAGGUGACCGCGUGGUGAGUGUGAAUGGUGAGAGUGUGGGCUCCCGCACCUACCAGGAGGUUGUGGCUACGAUCUACCGCUCCCCGCCCACCCUGCAGCUGCUGGUGGUGCCCCGGGAACAGGAUCUUCUGCAGCAGGUGUUUGGGGAGACAGCACACAACCCUGAGAGUAAUUUGGAUGUAAGAAUGCCAAGCCCCAGCCAUCUGCCUCCCCAGCACCUCAUCCACUACCCUGCUGGAGCCUCACUGAAUCAGCCGCCCCUUGCCGUGCCUCCUUCACAUUACCCCGCAAGUCUUUCAUCAGCCUGGUCCUCACAGUCGUCCCUCAACUCCCACCAGUCUGCCAUGUCAACCGGAGCUCACCCAGCUACCGUCAUCAUGGCUCACCCUCCAUUUCACCAGCGCCCCCACCAGUCCCCCAAGGUGAUGCAGCCCCAUGGAGCACACAUCCCCAUCCACCCCCAGUCAUCCACGCCCACCAACCAGGCAGCCGUACAGUACUGGCCCGGCCCAAGGAAGCACUCACUGUCGAGUGGAGGGGAGAAGCAGGGGUCUGGCAGCCGCAAGCAGUCCCUUCCUGGGUCAGCUGACAGAAGGCAAGCUGUCCACACUAUUCAAAACACUUUGUCCGCUGUGCCUCUUCGUGUGCCUUCUACAGCAGGGAAGCAGAGUCCCCUGCCUCCAAGUACAAAUACUCCAAGUACUCAGCCUAAUGCUUCCCCUAAUGAGCCCUCCAAUGCCUCUGUCUUUGGUGUCUAUGAGCCCAUCCUGGACCGAGCAAUGGGAGGAAGAGGCAGCAUCAGAGACAGCCGCAGGUUGGAGCGAGACCCAGACGGGGAGAAUAUAUGAAGUUGUGCAGACGAGAGUCAUUGAAAGCAAGCUCAACAACACCAAUGACACUAAGAGAGGAAACAACAUGCAACCCACACAAGGUUAAUGAUGCCACUCCAAAGAGCCACCAUGGAAGGAAGACCUCAGCAGGUGGAGAGGCU